AUAACGGGCGAUUUGAAAACAUAAAAAACGAUUAAAUUUGCGUUUUUAUCGAGCAUAUAAAAUUCUGCGAGAUUGCAUAAAAAUGUAUUCUCUUGAUGGACAUGAUACGUCAGAAAUGAAUGUGUACGAAGGAGAUUUAAACGAAGACGACCGAAACGAUGUACGAAAAUGUAUAGUCGGAGAUAUAAUUAAAAUUAUUUCUGGUAAAAUUCCUCUAGAUGGAGUUGUUCGUGGUAUAAAAUUCUUCAUUUUUGGAUCUGACGAAAUUCCUUUUGCAGAGUAUUGUUGUGCUGCUUUUUACACAUAUUUGGUUUUAGAUGAUUCCAUGUUUUCUGGACUAAUAUUGUCAACAUCAGCUGAUAUAAAAAUUGAUCAAGUUAUUAAUUAUUUGUCAUCCAAAAAUUUACCACAAGCACAAAAUGCAUUCCAUAAAUGCAUUGCUAAUUUAAACAUAAAUGGUUUUGAACAAAUGAAUUAUGAUAACAUCAUUUUUCAAAGACAGCAGGAAAUCAUAGAACGUUGUUCAACUUCUGGACCUUCGACUUCCCAAUCAGAGAGUGUAUCGAUUGAUCAAAGUGGUUAUGAAUCUCCUGCAUCAUCAAGUGAUUCUUACAAAAUUAAUCAUUUUACUGAUGCAGCUAAAGAAUGUAUUUUAUGUGCUGAUGAGAUGGCUUUAAAAUCUAAUUUAUAUUAUAUGUUACAAAAAGAUGAAAUUAUUGGAUUUCAUGAAUCUAACAAAAUUAAAACUUAUUCUCCUGUAAAAUACUCUUUUGUUCUAAUGAUAAGAGGCAUUAAUUUUGAUUGGAAACAGCCAAUAGCUUAUUACAUGGUAUCAAGUAGUUGUACGGGAUUUGAACUACAAGAUAUUAUUUUUACCAUAAUUCAAAAACUUUUUCAAUUUGGAUUAAAUGUCAAAGCCUUUGUUACAGAUAUGGGUUCUAAUUUUGUUAGUUUUAGUAAUACAGUUAAUGUAACUCCAGUCCGUACUUUUUUUUUAUGUUAGUGAAAAAAAAAUUAUUUAUAGUUUUGACCCCCCACAUUUACUAAAAUCAACAAGAAAUAUGUUUUUUUGCAUAAUUUUUCAUACAAUAAUAGUUUAAUAGAAAAAAAUCAUUUAAUUUCUUUUUAUGAACAAAAUUCUAAGUGUAACUUAAAAAUGGCCCCUAAAUUAACUCAUGCUCAUAUUUUUCCUGGUCCAUUUGAAAAAAUGAAAGUUUAAUUUUUUUUCUAAUUUAAAAGUAAUUGAUAAAAAAAGUGGUAAUGAUGUUACAAAUAGUAUGAAAUUUAUAAAAGGUUGGUUAGUCUCCAUAUCUGGCUUGGUCUUACUAUGGAAAGGUUUAAAAUUGUCCAAAUCAACAGUUCAACAAGAAACCUACGUGCUUUACACUGGAAGAAUAAACCAAGAUUGCCUUGAAAACUUAUUUUGUACUUUUCGACAGCAAAAUGGAAACAAUACAAAUCCAACACCUUAUCAGUUUUUAUAUGCCUUUAAAAAAAUAUUUUUACUUAAUUACUUUCAACAUUCAGAAAAUGCUAAUUGUAUUUGUGAGAUUUAGAUGAAA